UUUAUUUUGGGUACCUACGUGUCGAGUUAUCAGAAGGUAGUUGCAACCGUUGCAUAAGUUUCACGUGAUAAAAAUAUCGAUAUUCGAAGGUGAAAUAUAUAAAAUUUAAUUCAUAAAAUAACCUGUGUUAAGUUUCUCGAUCAAUUGAAAGUGAAAUCAUUCUCGUAAAUGAAUUAUUUCAAUAAUUAGAUGUGAUAAUAAAUCAACAUUUUUCUUUCUUUAUAAAAAUAAGAUGUUUUCAAGUGUAUUCGUAUUCAAUGUAACAACUUUUUUAUGCACUUUACCAAUCAUAAUUUUGGUAAUUUUAUGGAGAUACAUUAUCAAAACCUAUCGACGAGAUCCACGUUUAGUACAAUUUGCUGAGACCAUACCAGGUCCACCGGAAGUUUCAAUAUUUGGAAGCUCCGCAGAUUUAUUACACGGAGAAGAUUCCCUCAAUAAAUUGAUCAAAUACACAGAAAAAUAUGGACAUAUGUAUAAGUUAUGGUUCGGUAGAUAUCUUGUCGUAGGUUUAUCAAAAGCAGAAGAUAUCAAUGCUGUUUUUAUGAGCUCGAAAACGAACGGGAAACCAGAUUUAUUCUUUAAUUCAUUUCACGACUAUUGGGGCGAUGGAUUAUUCACAAGCAAGGGGAGUAUUUGGAAAAAUAACCGAAAAAAAUUAACGCCACCUUUUGCGGGUAGCCGAUUCAAACACUACGCAAUCCAUAUAAAUGAUAAAACAAAAAAUGUCUUGAAAGUGCUGGAAAAGCACGUAAAUGGACCAGAAUUCGAUAUUAAGGACUACACGCCUUAUUUAUCAUUCGAUAUCAUUACAAAAAUUCUAUUUAAUGUUGAACUCAGCUGGGAUAAUCAAAUGGUCAAAACAUUUCACCACAGUACAAUGAAAGCUAUUAUAGCAAGUUACGAAAGAAUGUGUUUACCAUGGUUCCAUAUGAAAUUCCUCAAUUAUUUUUAUUACGGAAAAGAAAUCAAAGAGAUAUACGACAGCACACGAGCACUUACUAAAAAGAUUUGGAAAGAAAAAACGAGUCAAAUAAAUAACGAAGUUAGACUUCAUAAAGAAAAUCCGGACAAACUUCCGGUCGAAGAAAUACCCCCCAAAUUAUUUUUAACAGAAGCAUUCGAGUUACUCAAUGACGGAUAUGAUGAAACAGUCGUACAUGAUGAAAUGAUGACUGCAAUUUCUGGAGGGACAGACACCACUGCCACUGUAUUAGCAUUUUUAAUCUUAUCUAUUGCACUUCACCAAAAUGUCCAGGCUAAACUAUACGAUGAAAUUUACGAAGUAUUCGGUGACAACGACCGUUACGCAGAUCAAGAAGAUAUUAAACGACUAUCAUAUCUCGAUCAAGUAGUAAAAGAAAGCAUGAGAAGGUUUACUUUGGUUCCAUUCAUUUUGAAAGAUGUAUCGGAAGAUGCUAAAAUAGGUGGUCGAGUAUUCCCUGCUGGUACGGUCAUUCUAAUACCUAUAGCUGCAGUUCAUUUUGACCCGAAGUAUUACCCAAAUCCUUGGCAAUUCAACCCAGAAAACUUUAGUUCAGAAGCAGUAGAAAAUCGACCUAAACACACGUUUAUACCAUUUAGCGCCGGUGCAAGGAAUUGCAUAGGACAAAAUUUAGCUUUAUAUGAAAUGAAACUGAUUACAAUUGCGUUACUGAGAAAAUACAGCAUACACACCACCAUGAAAAUGAAGGACAUCAAAAUAAACAGUUCGUUUACGAUAAGCUCCGCGAAUGGAUACAACAUAUCUAUCAAGUAUCGGAUUAAGAAGCCUUCUUACUUGUUGAAUAAUUGAAGAUAAAGAGUUUGGGUUUAAACAAAUCUUUGUGAGGUCAUUUUUUAAAAAAUUUUCCACUCAAUCCCAUCUAUGUAGAUAUUAAAUUCUCACAAGAAAAUUUUAAAAUCUGUUCAAACAGUUGUAUUUUAAUGCUCAUUUUGCUCAGCUAAUAAAAGUUGGAAUAUUCAAUAA